AUGAAAAAACUGGUGAUCAAGACAAAAAGUGUAGAAUACAUGCCCUUCUUCCUCUCCCUGGCUUCCUUUGCUAACGGCAUUAGCUGGACAUCUUAUGCCCUUAUCCGUUUUGACCCCUUUAUCACUGCGCCGAAUGGGAUGGGUUCACUGCUUGGGCUGGCCCAAUUACUACUUUAUGCCACGUUUUACAAAUCAACAAAGGUACAGAUGGCAGAAAGGGCACAGCAAGGCAAAGGCGAGUUGGGCUUGGCGGAGGGAGUCGUGUAUGGAGACCCCAAAAAGAUAAGCACUGAGCCUUAG